GUGAACGCGCACAGGAGGCUUGACGUCACUGAGGCGCCCUGGCUCUCCUGAGCCGCUGGUACUGCUGGCGAAAAAGAUGGGAAAAACCGUGUGGACCUCUAUCGAGUAAUUAACAUAAAAUGACGGUUUUUGCAGCCGAUUUCCAUCUGACAGAGGAUUCAGUUAUGGCACCGAUUUGAGCUCCACCGGACAACGAGAAAGGUUGGCGUCAUAAUAAUCUGUAACUGUGGGUAGCUCCUGUUGGAAGAGGAAAGUGGGGCGUAUCAGACCUAUUGUAUCAUAGGUUUGUGUCUCCUGUUGAAUCAUCAUCAUCACCACCACAUAUUCUCACAAUUGUUGAAAGUCACAACCACAAAAUCAGCAAGAAUAUAUACAGAUAUUUGAGGUUGAAACUUGAGUUUUGCUGUCAGCUUCGUUCUACUAUUUAGCAGAAGAUGUACGGUAGUGCCCGCUCUGUUGGCAGAGGGGAUGCCAACCAUAGUGGAGGAAGAGAUGGAGGUACUACUGGCAAUCAGGGAUCUGGCCGUUCCCCUCGCCUUCCCCGUUCUCCUCGGAUGGGACACCGUCGCACUAACAGCACUGGAGGCAGUGGAGGGGGUCCUGGAGGAGCAGGAGGCAAGACGCUUUCCAUGGAGAACAUCCAGUCCCUCAACGCUGCGUAUGCCACCUCAGGACCAAUGUACCUGAGUGACAAUGAGGUUGCCAUGACAGGUGACCACAUCCCCAAAAGUGGUGGGACAGUGACGACCAUGGGGAGACAGAGGGUGACAUAUGGUUCAAGGGGCAGCAGCAGUGGCGUUGUUGCUGCCAGCACCCCCAACAUCUCCACCACAGUGCCCGCCAAUGCUGUGCUGCCAGCAGGCAUGAUGGCAGGUGAUGCUCUAGCAUUUGGGGACCACCACAUGGCCUCCACUGUGCCCCAUUCUCUAAGGCAGGCCAGAGACAACACCAUACUGGAUCUGCAGGCCCAGCUGAAAGAGGUUCUGCGUGAGAAUGAAAUGCUGCGGCGAGAAGUGGAAGUUAAGGAGAGCAAGCUCAGUUCCUCCAUGAAUUCUAUCAAGACCUUCUGGAGCCCAGAAUUAAAAAAGGAGCGAGCUCUCAGGAAAGAUGAGGUUUCUAAGAUCACAGUCUGGAAGGAGCAAUACCGUGUGAUUCAAGAUGAAGCACAGCAUCUGCAGAUGACUGUUCAGGCUCUUCAGGAUGAGCUGAGGAUUCAGAGGGACCUGAACCAGCUGCUCCAGCAAGACCCCGCCAGCCAAGGGCGAGACUUGGCCCUGACGUCUGAACCUACGGAGGAGAACUACCGGCGGCUACAGGCUGAGCAUGAGAGGCAGGCCAAAGAGCUCUUCCUCCUUAGAAAGACCCUGGAGGAGAUGGAGCUGAGGAUUGACACACAGAAGCAAACCCUAGGGGCCAGGGACGAGUCCAUCAAGAAACUUCUGGAGAUGCUGCAAAGCAAAGGGCCGUCUGCCAAGGCAUCAGAGGAGGACCAGGAGCGGACCAGAAGACUGGCUGAUGCAGAGAUGCACCGGCAUCACCUUGAGAGUUUACUGGACCAGAGAGACAGAGAGAUUACUGCGCUAAGAGAGGAACUGCACCGCCGCUACGAGGGGACCCCUGAGUCCACCAAAACAAAGGCUCUACAGACUGUUAUCGACAUGAAGGAUGCAAAAAUCAAUUCAAUGGACCGGAGCCUGAGAGACAUGGAGGAGGAGCUGCUGAUGCUGAAAUCCAAUGGACUUCUUAGCUGCGAGGAGCGUCAGGAGGAGAUGAAGCAGAUGGAGGUCUACCGCAGCCACACCAAGUUCAUGAAGAACAAGAUGGAGCAGGUGAAGCAAGACCUCUCCAGGAAGGACACUGAGCUGCUUGGUUUGCAGACCAAGCUGGAAACGCUCACUAAUCAGUUCUCAGACAGCAAGCAGCACAUUGAAGUCCUCAAGGAGUCCCUCACUGCUAAGGAGCAGCGAGCUGCCAUCUUACAGACAGAGGUGGAUGCAUUGCGCCUGCGCUUGGAAGAGAAGGAGGCAACUCUGAAUAAGAAGAGCAAGCAGAUACAAGAAAUGUCAGAAGAGAAGGGCACACUCAACGGGGAGAUCCACGACCUCAAGGACAUGCUGGAGGUUAAGGAGCGCAAAGUUAAUGUGCUGCAGAAGAAGAUUGAGAACCUGCAGGAGCAGCUGAGGGACAAGGAGAAGCAGAUGAGCAGCCUGAAGGAGAGAGUAAAGUCUUUGCAGGCAGACACUUCCAACACUGACACUGCUCUCACCACACUGGAGGAGUCUCUUGCAGAAAAGGAGCGCAUCAUUGAGCGUCUAAAGGAGCAGCGAGAUCGAGACGACAGGGAGAAGACAGAGGAGCUCGAGUGUAACAAGAAGGAACUGAAAGAGUUGAAAGAGAGACUGAGCUUACUGCAGGGAGACCUGUCAGACAGAGAGACCUCCCUGCUGGACCUGAAGGAGCAUGCAUCAUCCCUGGCCUCCUCAGGGCUGAAAAAAGACUCCAAACUCAAGAGUCUGGAGAUCGCCCUGGAGCAGAAGAGAGAGGAGUGCCUCAAAGUGGAGAACCAGCUUAAGAGAGCUCAAAAUGCAGCCCUGGAGGCUCAGGCCAACACUGAGCUGGCCGAGCGCAUUAAGAACCUCGAGCAGGAAGUGGCUCGCCACAAAGAGGAUUCUGGGAAGGCCCAGGCUGAGGUGGACCGCCUGCUGGAGAUCCUUCGGGAAAUGGAGAAUGAGAAGAAUGACAAGGACAAAAAGAUCAGUGAGCUGGAGAGGCAGAUGAAGGACCAGUCGAAGAAGGUAGCGUCUCUGAAGCACAAAGAGCAGGUGGAGAAGAGCAGGAAUGCUCGACUCAUGGAGGAGGCCAGGAAGAGGGAGGACAACAUGUCCGAGAACUCCCAGCAGGUGAAGGUGAGGCAGGACUCCCUGCGUCAAAAGUCAGAGCGCAUAGAGGAGCUGGAGGAGGCCCUGAGAGAGAGCGUUCAGAUUACUGCUGAGCGAGAGAUGGUAUUGGCGCAGGAGGAGGCUGCCAGGUCACUCCAGGAGAAACAGAUGGAGGAGCUGCUCGGGGCCAUGGAGAAGGUGAAGCAGGAGCUGGAGUCCAUGAGGGCCAAGCUGGCCUCCACCCAGCAGUCUCUGGGUGAGAAAGAGGCACACCUCUCAACCCUGCGAGCUGAGCGCAGGAAACACCUGGAGGAGGUGCUGGAGAUGAAGCAGGAGGCGCUGUUGGCUGCUAUCAGUGAGAAGGACGCUAACAUUGCCCUACUGGAGUUGUCCUCCUCUAAGAAGAAGAAGACCCAGGAUGAGGUGGCUCUGCUGAAGCGUGAGAAGGACAGAUUGGUGCAACAGCUCAAACAGCAGACUCAGAACAGAAUGAAACUGAUGGCAGACAAUUACGAGGAUGACCAUCUGAGGACUGCCCCUGACCAAACAAAUCACAAACCCUCUCCAGAUCAGCAGAUGAUACCCCCUCUUCUAGCCCUGUCCCAGAACCGCAGUAAGCUCAAGCUCUACAUCGCCCACCUGACAGACCUCUGCCAUGACCGGGACCCCAGCAUCCUCAGCCAGCUCACGCCGCCCUCUCACUAUCACAAUGUUGACCCCGAAGACUGGGAGGAGGAACUCCAGAAGAUGACUGUCGAACAGUUGGAGCGUGAGCUGGAGGUGUGUGAGAAGGAGAGCGGAGAGUUGCAGGAGUACGCCAACUCUGUUCUGCAGCAGAUUGCAGACUACUGCCCCGAUAUCCUGGAGCAGGUUGUCAAUGCCCUGGAGGAGUCGUGCUGACAACUCUGACCUCAGACACAACCCGGCUGGCCCCUGGUCUUCACAUAACCUGUAGCCGAGUCCAGGCGCCCCUACCUCCACUCUACGCGGCUCACAAAGGAUGAGACGCAGCUGGGGCAUAAUCUCACCCCACUGAGCUUCUCUUCUUCGCUCCCUUCGUCCACCCUGGAACAAACGUACAGGACUGUUAAGUGCUUUCCUGUCUCGUGUCUCUCUAAUGUCAGGCCUGCAAAAUAGAAUUAGGGAUGUUCACAAAGUCUAUCGAAGUGUUAUCAAAAAUGGCACUUGUGGCUCACUACAAACUGAGAUGCACUCAUUUAAUGACAGCCAUGGCAGAUGGUGGAGUCGCAGUGAGAAGAGAGGGAGCAAAAGUAGACAUAUAAUCACAUAGCAGGCAGGCAGCAGCGUGCUGGAGGUUUUGUGAAAAGUUAAAAGCUCCACAUUUAGCAUUUGUGAACUUACAGAAUUUGAUUUUCACUUGUAGUACACACUAUCAUUGCACACCUGUAAGUCUGGGACAGGUGCGCUGGGAGAGAAAGGAUAUCAGGUGAAAGAAACAAACUUGCGCACAAAGUCUUUGAGUUUACUGCCAACCUUCCUCCCUAGACGACUUCAUUCACAGCAGGAACUGCUAGAUUAAGCACAGUUACCUCACCCAUGCCUGUCUCAGUCUUUUUCCUCUCGCAAAUCAUUCAAGUUAAAAUGGGUAAAAUUAUUCCUGAUAUGGGGCAGGAAAGCACUUAUUUUCUUAAAGAACUGGGGAGCUGCUACAUCUAGAGGGGAGCAGGGAGGAGCGGAGUUCAGUGGGUAAAUCAUGGAGCCAUGUAGAUGCUUGUUUUGUAUUUUUACUCAUUGUUCCCUAGUUUAACAGAAAUACAGCAACCCGUGGCCGGUCAUCUGAACACCUGGGAAAGGCUACUUUUUAACCAAAUAAAUGCAGCAUGUUCUCCAAAUGUUUCCUCCCAGCUUGCAGCUGUGGAUCUGUCGUUGUAGCCGGGAUUAAGUUGUUGGUACGUUUUUACUGUGUAAUCUGUGGCUGGGUCACUGGCACGAGAGGGGGAUCAAGGACCGACCUUUGACAUGGAUCAAAGGUCAGCUUUUAGUUAUACUACGUUCUCAAAUACCUGUGUGUGUGUGUGUGUGUGUGUGUGUGUGUGUGUGUGUGAGAGAGAGAGGAAACAAAAAAAGUUUUUAUCCUUGGUGACGUAUUCAUUUUUAGAUGGUUUUGCACACAACGUCCACUUGUUUAUGAGGUAUGCAAUGUUUCUUUUGAGAACGUUCUAGUGGCCUUGGAGCAUGCACAGAGAUCAGUACUGGACCUAAUGCAGGGAUAUUUAUUCCUCUGCGAUACUGGUGCUAAGGCAUGAUGUAAGAACUUUGAUCUGAUCCACUGAUCAUUCAGUCUCAUCCAAAGUUUCUGUAGAUGUUACGUAAAGCCCACCUGAUCCUUUAGUUUGUGGACUGAAUCACAGAUGAAUUACAAGCAACGCCCCCUUUUUUCUUGUAUUUUUCUGAUCACUUACAAAUGCAAGUGAUGCCUCCUUCUUAUUGUAUUUUUUCAAAUCUUCAGGGCUGAGGUUUUUAAUUACUAAGUGCAUCUACAUUUACAGGAAAUUAAAGUCACUUUUCAGCAGAUUUUUGACUUUAUAGAUCAGUUUGUAAAUAACGUGAUAUUUAACACGUACAGUGACUGAAUAAAGGUAAUUAAGUGGAAUGUGUUGUGCGUUCUUUAAAAAAAAAAAUCUGAAAAGUUAAAAGCAGUGCAGUUGUCUUGUGUCUAAUUUUGUCUUCAGGACAAAAUGUGUGUGUGUGUGACUACUGCCAUAACUUGCGGAAAGUCAUGUUCUAUAGAGAUAUAGAGAUAUAUAUAUAUAAAAAAUGUUUACUGUAUGGAUAUGCAUUGAAUGUUUGCACAGAAUCUUGAAGAGCAAUCUGCUCUGAACAAAAUGACCGUCGAGUUAGUGUCCUCAGCAGAAACUGAGGAAAAGAAGUGUCAAAAAAAACCUUUUGUGUCAAAAUAAUGUGUGAACUACAAAUGUUUUCAAACCGUGACUGUGUGAUGGGAGAGUACUUUUCUGGCAUUUAUUUCUAAUCGUCUUUUUUUUUCUUCAUAUUUUCACCAUACGGAAAUGUAAAUUUAUUAUGCUGAGAUUCCAGUGUUGUUUUUUUUCUUCUCAACCUGUCCUGUCAAUGGUUUUUGUUGGUUGACGUCACAGGCAGAACUGCACCUGAUAGAUUAAAAAUAGGUCUCCAGCCAUCAUGGCUCAUCAUUGUUUUUGUACUUCUUGUCUGUCAAGCCUCUUGCAGUGGAGAUUAGUUUCCCUCCACCCCCCUUUAACCUCUCACCUUCCACCACUCAGUUCAGAGAAAGCAGCAUUUUUAGUUCAGUGUUUUAAUCCCCAUACAUUGGCCUGUGUGUCAGCCAUUGCUGUAAUGUCUCGUCAUCUCCUUUUCUCAACUCCUUAUUGAGGGAACACAGAGCUGAUUAAGGGGUUUCUGUCAAAUUCACGGUAUUUGUCCUUAUUUUUCUUUUGCAUUUGUAUAAGAAAUGUACUGCCUUCUGUCUGUUUGUGUUAAGAAUCAAACUGUGUAAAAAGAAAGCAAAACAGACAUGUUUGUGAGUUAUUUGGAUUUUGUAUGUAUGUAAAUAAAUAAAUUAUAAGCCUUC